GCCUUUACACAGUGUCGCGACACCUCAGACAGGGUGCUAUAAAAGGCAAGGCACAAGGUAGUGAGUCAGUCAAUCGACAAUCGCCCUUGGUUGUUCCACCAUUUCGACAUUCAAAUACUGCAAUGUAGAAAGGAACGUUACUUUCUGUGCACAUCUCUCUCUCUCUCUCUCUCUCUCUCUUCCUCUUCUCAAUCUCUGUGAUUUUAGUUCGCUACCUGCCUGUUAGUCUCGCUUUGCUGUUUUUAGAUUUCUGUGAUCGAUCUUCUUCCUAUCUAUUUUGUUUUUUCUUGAAACCUGAUCGUUCUUUCUUCUUUCUCUUUGCAUUUUCUCCUCUUGGAUUAGUCUUAUCAUUCGGCAUUGAUAACAUCUUGGUUUAGUCUUUUUCGAUCUGAGUCGUGUGUAUGGCAUAUGCUCAUUCAAGCCAAAGGAGUCUUGUUAUUCCUCGACCACAUUUUUUUGAUCAUCGAACUGUGAUUUCUUCCCUCGGUUCAUUUCCUAGAUCUUUUGUUAUCGGAAACCCUAAUUUUCGACCUGCAACACCCUGCGUUGAGUUUCUUGUUCCGGUAAACCCUCCUUUUGUUCCUUCUGUUGGAUUUACUGUUAAUCCUGCUCUGCUGAUACAUAUGGAUGAGGAAAGGUCGCGCUCGUUGCUUCAGUUUAUGGCGGAUGAAGGACUCUUGCCGUCACCGGACGAUGAGCUAAAGAGGCUAGAUGCGAUUGCGGAGCUUAAGCAGAUAGUGUUAGCAUGGAUAAAAAAGGUAGCAUGGCAGCGUCGUCUUCCAAAAAGCCAGAUUUUGAGCACUAGUUCUACAAUUUUAACUUACGGAUCCUAUGGCUUGGGAGUUCAUGGACCAGAGUCAGAUAUUGAUGCAUUAUGUGUUGGCCCCUCCUUUGCCACCAUGACUGAGGAUUUUUUUAUUGUUCUGCGCAACAUGCUUCAAAAUAGACAUGAAGUGUCAGAGAUACACUGUGUUAAGGAUGCAAAAGUUCCUUUGAUGCGCUUUAAAUUCAAUGGGAUCUCUAUUGAUCUUCCAUAUGCACAACUUAAAGUUCCAUCUGUUCCUGACAAUGUGGAUAUUCUGAACCCGCUCUUCUUACGAAAUAUUGAUGAAACCAGUUGGAAAAGCUUAUCUGGUGUACGUGCUAACAUCUGUAUUCUUCAGCUUGUCCCAAACUUGCAGAACUUCCAGUCCAUGCUGCGAUGUCUAAAGUUAUGGGCAAGAAGGCGAGGGGUGUAUGGUAAUCUACUUGGGUUCUUUGGAGGAAUCCACCUGGCAAUCCUUUCUGCUUAUGUUUGUCAGAGGCAUCCAAAUGCGAGCUUAAACACUCUCAUUUCAAAAUUUUUUGAAACAUUCGCUCUCUGGCGUUGGCCCACACCAGUAGUGUUGCAGGAUGGAAUGAUGCCACUUGUUGGAGAUGUCAGUGAGACACAUUUCUUAAUGCCUAUUAGGUUGCCAUGUAGUCCUUUUGAAUUCUGCCACUCAAAUAUUACAAGAAGCACUUUCCAUCGGAUUGUGGCAGAGUUCCUUCGUGGGCAUGCUAUUACGAAGGACCUUUUGAGGCCAAAUUUUGCAUGGAGUAGCUUGUUUGAACAUUUCUGCUACACAAAGAGAUACAUGCGUUUUGUCCGGAUCUUCUUGUCUGCUUCAAACCUAGAUGCAUUGGGUGAUUGGGUUGGUUGGGUGAAAUCGCGCAUUCGCUGUCUUCUUGUCAAGUUGGAGGAGGUGCAUGGAUUUUGUGAUCCCAAUCCGAUUGAAUAUGUUGAUAUAGAUGCAACAGAGCCUAAUAUUGUGUUUUAUUGGGGCUUAAAGCCUGGUCGGAAUAUCUUUAUAGAUUUAGAUUUUGUUGAACAGGACUUUGUUAAGAAUAUCAACAAUGGUUGUCAAGGCCCUCGAGGAAGAAUUGCAUUAUCUAUUGUACAAGCUAAAAAGGUUUCGAAUGUUGAGUUUGAUCUUGAGAGUGGAAAGGAUUUUAAAGCAUAUUGGCGGAUUUUUAGGUAUAAUGAACAAAGAAAAUCAAUUUACUCUCAGCAUUUACCUCAGUAUUUUAUUGGAUAUGUUGCGACUUAUGGAGAUGUUAGUGCUGUUGGGGGUUAAAUUGCAGUGGUCGAGGGUUUUACCUACAUGACACUACUUAGGUUUCAAAUACUUGGGAUCUUGAGUUCUUUUUUUUUUUUUUUUUGCAUAGGGGUUGAGGUAAUUUUGUUUAGAGAAGAGAGAUAGCACAACAAAAGUAAACUGGUGGACAAGCAUACUUAUAAACCCAUGUGAAAUGGGGAGGGUGAAUAGGGUGAGAAACCAAGGUAAAUGCAUACAUUUAUUGUAAUUCUUUCAAUAUCUGAUU